GGAUAAGAGACCCUAUGAGUUUGUGGAAUACACCGAUAACAUUAAGCUCACUGUCGAGUCACGAACUCCGGAUGCCACGAUAGGUUUGAGGACGUAUGAAACUUCUUCUCUACAGCUUGUUUCCACAUGUGUUGAUCCAGGGUGCAAUGAGGACCUUGGUGCCGAGCCGCCGGACAGGCGUCUUUCCCAAGUGGAUCUCAAAAACAUGAUGACAAACAGCGAAUGCGGAUUAAUUGUGGAUGGGUUAUGGGGUCAAACUGAUCUGGUAUUCCCAUUCGCUGUUUAUGGAGCCAAGAAGGAGUCUACGAGUCUCGAGGCUGCUCUGGACCAAGUCCAUCAUGCCUGCAGGACCUAUCUAGCCAUGUUGGACGAUUUGGCUCGGAACCCUGAGAACGUCGCCGAAUACCAGACAGAAGAAAGCAGCAGGCACCAAAUGUUCGCAUUUGUAUCAUGUGACUCUCUCUGGCAAGUUCUCGUGGCGUGGAAUCAAGCAGGAGCCUGUGUCAGUAGGAAUUUUGAACAGCUCAACAACACGAGUUACAGGUUGCUGACUGGCAUAUCGUUGCAGAUGGUUGAGACAAUAUGGCAAGGCGAUGUGAAACAUUUCGACCGCGCAACUGAACUGAUUUACUUACUGAAUCAGAUACGGCGCUACGCCACACACGAUCAUCGCGACUAUGUGAUGAAGCAUUUGGAGGCAUG